AUGUCCACGAACUUGAAUGAACAGCUGGACAAGGACUUAAGAACAUGCCAGUGGUUCAGCGUCCAAUGUGACGAGUCUGUGGACAGCAGCAGCACAGCUCAAUUAAUGGUGUUUAUUCGGAUGGUAUUUGAGGAUUUCUCCGCUAAAGAAGAGCUCCUCACGCUCACACCACUGAGGACAACUACGCGAGGAGUGGACAUUUACAACGCGAUAAACUUUUUUUGUGGAGAAAAAAGUGCCGCUGGAGAAGCUCGUGUCAGUAACUACCGAUGGUGCACCGGCGAUGACACCAUGGCAUCUGAAACUCCGCUGUCCAAAGCAAACACCAGUUUUGCCCUGAAUCUUUUCAAAGUCCUGAGUGACAACGAUCGCACCUCCAAUGUCUUCUUCUCUCCCGUGAGCAUCUCUUCGGCUCUGGCCAUGGUCCUGCUCGGGGCCGGGGGCAACACAGCCACACAAAUGUCAGAGGUCCUCUGCGUCAAAGAGGCACAGAAGCCUCCUCAGGGCGGAGCCAUGCAGCAGAUGCAGAUGCAGAUUCCCCAACAUCUGCAACAGUCACUGCCUCAGCAUCUCAGGACAGGGUGCCUCAAAACUAAGGACCUAUCUGAUGAAGUGCACUCCAGCUUUGGCUCCCUGCUGCAGCUGCUGAACAGGGCAGACGCGCCCUACGCCCUCAGUGUUGCCAACAGGCUGUACGGAGAGAAGACUUACCAGUUUGUUGAGGAUUUCUUGGGCGGCACCAGAAAGCACUACAAUGCAGAGUUAGAGUCUGUGGACUUUAUCGGUAAUUCUGAGGAGGCGAGAGUCAUGAUUAACACUUGGGUAGAGGCACAGACACAAGGUAAAAUUACGGACAUUUUGGCCAAUGGUGUGGUGGAUGGCCUGACAAAACUGGUGCUGGUCAACGCCAUUUACUUCAAAGGAAACUGGAACAAACAUUUUAAUGAGCGCUCUACCCGAGAUUAUAAAUUCAGGAUAAAUAAGAAUGAAACAAAACCAGUGAAGAUGAUGCACCAAAAGUCAAAAUUUCCACUAAGAGACAUCAGUGAGGCCAGUUGUCAGGUCAUAGAUCUGCCUUACAAAGGAAAGGAGCUCAGCAUGCUGGUCUUUUUGCCCAACGAUAUUGAAGAUGGCUCUACGGGUCUGGAGAAGCUGGAGGAGCAGCUGACCUAUGAGAACUUUGUGGAGUGGACCCGUCCUGACAUGAUGGAUGAGGUGGAGGUGCAGGUGGGAUUUCCUCGAUUCAAGAUGGAGGAGAAGUACGACAUGAAAAACGUCCUGACCAGCAUGGGCAUGGUGGACGCAUUUGACAUGGGGAAAAGUGACUUCUCAGGCAUGUCUCCAGCAAACGACCUGUUUUUGUCAAAGGUCGUCCACAAAGCGUUUGUGGAGGUGAAUGAAGAGGGCACUGAGGCGGCGGCUGCCACUGCUGCCAUCAUGAUACUGCACUGUGCUAUGCGUUCUGCCGCCUUCAUCGCAGACCACCCCUUCCUCUUCUUCAUCCGACACAAUGCCACCAAUUCUGUCUUGUUCGCAGGGAGAUACUGUUCCCCUGAAUAA